AUGGGUGCGACACGCCCAGUCGAAAAUGUUGACGACAGCUGUUUCCCUGCCCCGGUCCCUAUCGCAAUCGUAGGGAUGGCGAUGAGGCUACCGGGAGGAGUGACCAACGCAAGUGACUUCUGGGAACUGUUGAUAAACAAAAGAGAUGGCCUUUGCCGGGUACCCGGGGAUCGGUACAAUAUCGACGCCUUUUACCAUUAUAUCGCUCACAUGGACACCGGUUUCUUCGUCAUGUCCAAGGUAGAGGCCUCCAAAUUGGAUUCCCAGCAGAUAUUGCUACUGGAGGUGAUGUGGGAGUUUAUGGAGAACGCGGACUGGCUAGACUUAGCCAGCAAAGACACUCUGGCCAUUGACCGUUACCGCGUGAUGGAAACGGGGGACUACGCGCUUGCCAACAAUGUCUCCUACCAAUAUGACCUGAGGGGUCCCAGCGUUGUCUUUCGGACGGGCUGUUCAUCUUCCAUAGUCGCCCUUCAUGAAGCCCUAAUCAUGACACCCACAAUGUCAAUCACGACCUCCGUCAACAUGGCGCUGUCUCCCAGUGGAACGUGCAGAACCCUCGACGAGAACGCGGACGGUUACGGCCGAGGAGAGGCUAUCAAUGCCAUUUCCAUCAAGCGUCUCGAUGCGGCCUGCGGGACAGCGAUCCCAUCCGAUAUCGACCGGACCGCCUUUUUUGAAUGUCACGGCACAGGCACUGCAGUGGGAGACGUGGCGGAGACUUCAGUGGUUGCCGAGAUCUUCGGCAAAGACGGCACUUAUAUAGACGCGGUCAAGCCCGACGUUGGCCACUCGGAAGGGGCCUCUGGCAUUACGAGUAUCAUCAAAUGUGCCCUCGCUUUAGAGAAAAGGACUAUAUCCCCGAAUGUGUUCUUCGAUAAGCCCAAUUCGAAAAUUCCCUUUGAACAGGCUAAAUUAAUGGUGCCGGUUGUUAUCGACUCUGCCGCCUCGAUCUGUGGCGAACGAAGCGAGAUCGAGACGAAUGCGAGCCUGAGAAGCGGAAUGGCUCACCUAUUAUUAUACUCCGCCAAGAGUCCCAAAUCACUGGAUGGAAACAUCCGAAAUGCCAGUGAAUACUUGGAAGCUCACCCGGCGGUAAGUGGUAAGAUGGCUUACACUUUGAGGUUCCACAGAAAGCAGCUACCCCAUUGGGCCUUUUCGAUAGUCGGUGCGGAUGGAGCUCUGACCACAGUCGCUCGGUCUCGAGUUCGCCAGUCGGGAGGUUGUGUUCAGCUUCAGCGUUCAAGGGGCCCAGUGGCCUGGAAUGGUAGAGAGCUUCUGCGGGGAUCACCCCGGUUCCAAGCAGACAUACGUGCCCUCGAUCAGCACUUGCAGCACCUUCAAGAUGCACCCGAGUGGUCUAUCGAAGGUAUACUAUAA